UUCUGAGACUGAGUCUGAAUCUGACUCUGAUUCAAAUUGCAAAGUAAUGAAGUCGGUAGAAAAAGUUAACAACCUCUCUAAGGGUUUUCUGCAGAAGACGGACCAGCUGAAGAAGAUGACUCCAGUUCAGACAUUGAAGCCAGUUAAUUUUAAAGGAAAAUCUUCUUCAACUGAUUCAGAAACAGAUUCAGAGGAGGCAUCGACACCUUUAGUAAAGAAAGCAAUCAAUGUAGCAAGUCCAGCUGUAUGUAUUUCUAAAACUGUUGUCGGUCGCAAACAGCCAAUUCCUCCAAAAGAAAGUUCUUCCGAGGCUGAGUCUGAUUCUGACUCUGAUUCAAAUUGCAAAGUAAUCAAGUCAUUAGAAAAAGUUAACCUCUCAAAUUGCUUGCUACAGAAGCCGGACCAGUUGAAGAAGAUGACCCCAGUUCAGCUAUCUAAGUCAGUUGGUUUAAAGAAAAAAUCGUCUUCAUCUGAUUCGGAAUCUGAUUCAGAGGAUCCAUCGAGACCAUUCAAGAAAUCAAUCAAUGUUACAAGUCCAGCUUUAUGUAUUUCUAAAGGUGUUGUCGGUCGCAAACAGACAAUCCCUUCACAAGAAAGUUCUUCUGAUACUGAGUCUAACUCUGAUACAGAUUGCAAAUCGAAGAAGCCAGUAGUGAAAGUUCCAACACAGUCGUUGAAUCACUCAUCCUACGCGAAAAAAAAUUUGUCUAAGCAACUGAACCAGAUAGAUAGUCCCACGGAAUCUCAAUCUUCUGAUUCACAGGAGGUAAAUAAAGUUUCAGGCCAGAAAUCAACUGAUUUGGCCUGUCCAGUUGUACAUAGUUCUAAAACUACUCCAUUGUAUUCGCAACACAGGGACAUUUUCCCGCCCUUGGAACUUUCUGAUUCAGUUGACACAAAAAGACGUUUAGAUAAGAAGCUCUUCAAAUCAUUUGGUCCUGCUGCGAGUGGUUACAAAGAGGAUAUGUCUUCCAAACAACAUCUGCUUCAUCAAGAUACUUAUGAUAUCAAGUCUGGUUGUGCUUCAGGUUCCAAAGCUACGAAGCCGGUUGAUAAAGUGAAGUCAUCUUCAAAUCCGUUUCUACAGUCCAAUUCUCAUGUGAAUCUGGCGAUG